GUCGGAGAGAGGGAGGGAGCGCGCGGAGAGUGGAGCGUGGGAGGAGGAGGAGAAAAGGAUGCUGUACACGUGGAUGUUUCUUGGAGGGAGCAGGCAGGCAAGGCAGCUCGGGAGCUCAGAUGGAGUUCGGAUCGAUCGCUCGCCCCGGUCUCGAUGAUGGCGGCCGGUCUUGAUCUUGAUUUCCAGGGCCGAUCAGCAGAGACGCAGAGAAUUGCAGACUAUGGAGAAAUGUCACCAUCGGUCGGGCAUUUCACACUGGAGCAUUUGCCGUGAUCAGGUGAAGGGAAUGCAAUUAUCCAGAUUAAAUCGCGGUUGGAUUAUGAUUAGUCUGAAACGAGGAGGAGCAGCAGCAGCAGCAGCAAAUAUUUUAUGAUACGGUCAACUACAAGAACUAGGGGCAUGAAAGAGACGGGGCAAACGUACGGUCCCAGCAGUGGGUUGGGCUUGUCACAUCAUGAUCAUGAUGGGCGUUGGACAGGGCAAAUGCAGCACUGCAGCAGGCGCACAUGGACAAUCAGCGACUGACAAGACUCCGUUCGCAGGCCUCAGUGACGGGGGUACUCGCUUCGAAACCUCCGAGGGUUCAAAAAGUAGUGGAAAUUGUUGGGGAUAUACGUGUCGAUGACAGAGGCCUCCCAGUUCUCCGCGGAGAGAACAAAAGAAAACGCGGUCUUAGGGGAGCAGGUAGAAGGCUUAAACAAUCGGUCGAGCUCGGGAAGGAGACAGCUGACAAGCUCCCCGAGUAUGACAAUGGCACAGAGACCAACAGGGAAGUGAAAAUCGGAGAGAAGGACGGUUACAGCAGCGCAGGAGAGGCUUUCUCUUCUGCUGCCAGUCCUUUGGAGAAAGAGUUCAGCACAGAUAUUUCUGAGGAGGCCAAAGCGAUGAGGCAGGAGAGGCGAGAGAGCUCACGGCUCCGGGUCAAACCGUCGAAGUUCAGGGAGAAUCUUCCCACAACCAUUUUGAAGCCUAAGGAGCAAAAGGGAAGUGAUGAUGUUUCCAGUUCUCUGGAGAUUAUUCUACCGAUGGAUGUGCAAAACCCAUCAGCAAGCCAGUCUUUGACCCAUCUGGACAGUGAGAUUGACAAACCCUCCCAGACUGGGAGGCGCCACAUCAAAACCACCCAAAGGCCUUCCCGAUCCAGUGAAACUCUUGGAAGUGCCCAUGAAUCGUCUUCCAGUCCCAGAAGGGGAUUUGAGGAUAGCGGAUUGAAGGCCUCGUUAGCGGUCGUCAAGAGGGUAAUGCAGAUAAAAUCAGCCGAACCCUUCAACGAACCUGUGGAUCCAGUGGCCCUUGAAAUACCGGAUUACUUGGAUGUGAUCAAAGAACCAAUGGAUCUAGGUACCAUUCGGGAAUUGUUAGAAUCCGGGACACAUUAUACCACAGCUCAAGAAGUCUAUGAGGAUGUUCAACUUGUGUGGAGCAACUGCCGAAAGUACAACCAGGAAGGAGAUCCCAUAAUGGACAUUAUGAAGACUGCAGAGACAGUUUUCAACAGACACUGGAAUGCAGCUGGUCUUCAGGACUACAUGUCUUCUGCUGUAAAUCCAAGAAAGACAAAUCAGGAGGAAUUUGAUGACAAGGUAGAGUACGGCGAAGAGGACGAAGUGGAUGAUUCCGAGGAGGACGACGAUCCGAAAAGAAGAAAGAGUAAAGAAUCGAAAGCAGCUGCAAAGCUGAAGUCAGUGAAGAUUGUGCAUUUCGACACUCCACCUUCAAGAACGAAGGCGAAGAGAAGUGUUUCAGUUGACCAGGUCAUGGCCGAGAGUAAGGCUAGGGAAGACAAAGAAGAAAUAGACGAUGUCGAAAUGAUUAGCCAGCAUUUAACCCAUAAAUGCGCGCAAGCUGCUGUCGGUCUGCUUGCAGCAGAGGCGGCAUUGCUCAAAACUCCAGAUAGAAAAUUGCAAGGAUCUAAGAACUCUAAGAAGAAAGUUGUGAAAGAAACAGAGCAGGCAGAGUGUCAGCAGGAGCAAAGCGAACCGGAGCCAAAGACCCCCACAACUGACAAGGACACCUCAUCACAUGGCUCUCCCCCACCAUCCUCUCACAAGAGGCGCGGGUCCCCGCCUUCAAGCAAAAGGCGCACCUUUGGGACCGCUCAUCACAAACCCGAUUGUAUCUGCGUCGUGUGUCUUGGGCGACGUCGUAAACUAGCCAAGCUUGCAUUGGAACAAGGAGAUAAAGACGGGGAUGAUGAGCAAAUGGUGGAUGAAACUUUCACCGCUGCUCCAGUACAGGAGGGCAGUAGCAAAAAGCAUCUCAAGGUGAGGAUAUCAGAUAGGUCGGGAAAGAGAUCGGACAUAUCAGGCAUGGCGGUGACAGCGUCCAUUAGCCAAAGAGACCCACACGUGGCUCAGCCAGAUGUCUACAUGGACGAGGCUUCAGACCUGGAACCGAUUACGACCACGCAGACCGCUACGCCGAAGGGGGAGGCUGUACAGUACUAUGCUGCCAAUCACGAACUUCCUUUGCGGAAACUGAGUCAAUCCGUUCUUCAAAUGAGUCACUACUUGUUCGGUCCUACAGGAAUUACACUGUUGGGUACACCCAACUCGAUGGAUUACAGUAGAUGUUCUCACUCAUCGACCAAGGGUCGAUUGUUAGAAGCUUUGAGCUCGUUGACUUGGACUGAGAAGAAAGCUGGACAGGUCUGAGUCAAGUGGAGAAGAGGAGAUGAGCGGUUGAUGUAAUUUGGCAGUUACAAUUAUAUCCAAUUUAUAUGUGUACAUCUCGCCUG